UUCACUCUUAUAGCUAGUUCUCUUUUUUCUUCAAAAAUCAUGUCAGUGUUUUUCUCCCAAGAACCGGUCCAAUUCCAAUGCCCGGUUCCCGAAGAAACCAGGUUCACGCCAGAUGAACUCCAAGAAAUCUUGUCACUCUUAGAGUCAUCAGGAGGAGACUCUGUCUCCCUCAGCCCAAACUCCGGUUCAGAGGGCUCGAGCCGGGCAGUUUACAAUGACAAUGAGAGAAGGCUGAGGCGCAUGAUAUCAAACCGGGAGUCGGCCAGGCGGUCCAGGUGGCGAAAGAAGAAGCACGUAGAGAACCUCUCGAGCCAAAUGAACCAGUUGGAGUUGGAGAACCAGGAAUUGAAGAAGCGGUUAGGCUCGGCUUUACGACAGUGCCACGUUGUAUGGGGCGAAAAUGAGCGCUUAAGAUUCGAAUCUGUAGCUCUACAGGCUAGACUUUCGAAUCUAUAUCGGAUUUUAUUUACCAUGCAAGCACAGUAAAGCUAAGCUUCCAAAUCGUAAAGUAACUUGUAUUAAAACUCUUUAUGACCUAAAUAAAAAGCUCUAAAUUUGCACAAACUUAGAGCUCUCUAGCUAGAUUUUCUGUC